AUGAUGUUCAGAACCUACGGUCGCCGGGGUCGUGGCUUGGGCCGGAGUUGCUCGUCCAGUGGCUUUUCCGAUGGAGUUUCGGGAUCGUCUUCCCAAGAAUUCUCGCAGGAUGUUUACGAUUUCUCGUUUCCGUCCGAUCCGUACGAUUUCGACCCGUCUCAGGAUUCGGGGCGAUCGGCGGCGUUUCUGCCGCCAAGGAAGGAAGGGGAUGAGUUUCGUAACUCGAAGAAAUUGAAGGUAAUUGGAGCCGGUUCAAGGGCCUCCGAUGAAAUUUUUUUGCAAGAAUCGAAGAAAUUCGGGAUUUUGAGGAUUUCUGGUGAAGGGGGUUCGCAGAGAUCGAGGGUGAUGAAGAAGGUCAAUACCGAUCCUUUUGAUUAUGAUUCAUCGCAAGAGGUGGACGAUUUGGGUGUGCGGCCUCGGAGGAAGGGCGGGGAGGGUAGUGUGUUUGAAUUUUCCGAGGAUAGUGUGCUUGUGGGGAAGUCCAAGAAUGUUGAUAAUGGUUCUUAUGGCCUCAACUCUUCUCAGGAGUUGACUGACUUGGGUAUUUCUCAGUCAAGAAAUCCCGAAAGCCAAGGUGAUGGCUGGGACCUUGGUGGGGAUUUUGGGAAAUCCAGGAAAAGGGACAGGGGUGAGGUUAAUCCAGAUCCAUAUGAUUAUAAUUCACCGCAGGAGUUGGAGGAACAUGUGGUUCCACCUCAAAGCAAGGUCAGGGAUGAUAAGGUUUUUGAUUUCUCAGAGGAUGGGGAUUUAUGGGAAUCGAAGAAGUCGAAGAAUCUCGAUCUUGAUUCAUUUACGUUAGAUUCCUCUCAAGAGUUGGGUAAUUUGGGUACUUCUAAGUCGAGAAAACAUGAAAACAAUGGUGAUCGUCGGGGUUUUGGGGGGGUUUCUGGAAAAUCUAAGAAGAAAAAUAUGGAUGAGAAUGGGAAAUUGCAUAGGAAAAAGAAUAAGAAAAAGAUGAAGUCAAAGGAGUCAGAGCCAAGUUAUGUUGAGCUUACUGCUACACUUAUGGAGACUCAAGAGUCUGGGGAGAUGAUGGAGCAUGAAGAUGAGGUGAAUUUUGCGUUGGAUGGGCUGAAGAAGGGGCAACCAGUGGCAGUUCAUAGGGCGAGCCUUCUGUCAUUGCUAACAAUUUGUGGAUCAGCGCAGCAGAGGCGGCUUUUGAAAGUGCAUGGGAUGGCUGAAAUUAUCCUCGAUGCUGUUUUGGGACUCACUUUUGAUGAUAUGCCAUGUAACGUUGCUGCUGCAGCUUUAGUUUAUGUUCUGACGGUUGACGGUCAAAAUGAUUAUCUUCUGGAUUCACCAAGCUGCAUCCAUUUUCUAAUAAAAAUGUUGAAACCACUUUCACCAAGCGUUGUCAAGGAAAAAGCUCUACCUGUUGGUAGCAAGCUUCUAAGCCUGUGCAGGAGUGUCGGUUUGUUACAGGAGCCAGCCAAGGGAACAGAUUCUAGCUCUACUGCAAUCAUGCUCCAGGUUCGGGAGAUCCUUGUCAAUUGCAAGGAAAUGAAGUCCAGAGAUGACAGUCAUGGUGGGGUAGAAGAACCAGAGUUGAAUCCUAAAUGGAUUAGUUUGCUUACAAUGGAGAAAGCGUGCUCAUCUCGUAUCUCUAUUGAAGACACGACUGGCAUACGGAAAACUGGGGGCAAGUUCAAGGAGAAACUGAGAAUUUUCGGGGGACUUGAUUCAGUCUUUGAAGUGGCAAGGAAAUGCCAUUCCGUGCUUGAGGAAUGGUCGGAGAAGAGCCCUACUUUUGCACUGGAUUCAAGAGAGAUCUCGGGCCUAGAAAGCCUAGUACUGCUUUUAAAAUGUCUAAAAAUCAUGGAAAAUGCGCUUUUCCUUAGCAAUGAUAAUCAGCGCCAUUCGCUUGAGAUGAAAGGAAGUUUUGAUGGUCAACGAGCUCCCCGUUCUUUCACAAAGCUUGUUCUGAGUGUCAUUAAAAUUCUCUCAGGUAUCAAGUAUGGCCUUUCUGGCUUAGGUUUAACUUCUCAGGAAAGUUUUACCCAGCUCGACGGGAUCAGAUCGAGCGCGGGACCCACUCAAUGUUCCGCUGAUGCCCUGUUGCUUAAGCUGAGAGCCGAAUCCUCCAAAUCAGGAAUGUGUGGCGGGACAUCAAGGGAAUCGGAUAGGAUGGUCCGCACGAGUGGUAAUUCAGGAAUCGACGGUCAGGAUCCUUUUAUGUUUGACGAGGAUGACUGUGAGCCCUCAAAGUGGGACGUAAUGUCGGGAAGCUCGAAUAAGCCGUUGUCCCAAGGUAACAGGCAAAGUGGGAGUCGAUUUGGAUUUGAGAGUCACCCUGUUCUUGUGGCUAGCCAGCAAGAAUCGAAUGAUGUAGGGUAUCGUCAUUCGCAGGAGGCUUCUUGUUCUUCGGCUGUUGACGAUGAUAAUAAGUCUAAUCUCCUGGCGGAUUGUCUACUCACGGCUGUCAAGGUUCUUAUGAACUUGACGAACGACAACCCUGAUGGCUGUCGGCAAAUUGCCACCUGUGGGGGAUUAGAAAUAUUGUCUUCUCUGAUUGCCGGUCAUUUUUCGUCAUUUAGAACUUGUUUGCCGCAUUCUGAUGAUGCUAGGGACAGUAGCUCAUCAUCUAAAUCGAGUCCUAAGAGCAGUACACCCCUCACUGAUCGAGAGCUAGAUUUCCUCGUUGCUCUUUUGGGUUUGCUUGUGAAUUUGGUGGAGAAAGAUAGUCGGAACAGAUCUCGGCUUGCAGCGGCUACUGUUUCAUUACCAAACCCGGAAGGUUCGGCCUCGAAAGAUCAAAGUGAUAUUAUUUCUCUACUGUGCUCAAUCUUUUUGGCUAAUCAAAGCAACACUGAUGCCACUGGAGAGGAGACAUAUUUGUCUUGGGAGGACGAAGAGUCUAUAUUACAGGGGGAGAAAGAAGCCGAGAAAAUGAUCGUGGAAGCUUAUGCAGCUCUCCUUCUUGCCUUCCUUUCAACAGAAAGCCAAAACGUACGCAAUGCAAUUUCAGAUUGUCUGCCCAAUCACAACUUGAGAGCACUCGUCCCAGUACUGGAGAGAUUUCUGGAAUUUCAUAUGACACUGAACAUGAUAUCACCAGAGACUCACAGUGUUGUUCUUGAAGUCAUAGAAUCAUGUAGAAUACCAUAA